AUGGAUUUUUGGCAAGCUUUUGACUGGCGAAAUAUACCACAGAAUAAUCCACAGUCCAUUGCACCAAAGUAUAUCACACCAGACUUAAUAAAACAUAUCAAUCCAAAUAUCAAGAUUAUUCUUAUGAUCAGGGAUCCAGUAGAAAGAUUAUACAGUCACUAUAUCCAUGACAAAAGAUUUAUUAUCCGGGAACUGGAUGCAGAUAGAAAUAUUCCGGAUGACUUGUAUAUAAGAAGAAUAAGUGACAAGAAGGUCGACCCAGAGACAUUCGAUGAGUAUGUCAAAUCAUCGAUAGACUUAUACAUAAAAUGCAUCAGGGAGUACGGAAUACGUGGUUGUUUAUAUGGAAUGCGGAUAUUUUAUGACAAGAGGCUUCCUCUCGUGGCAGGGUUGUAUAACGAAUUUCUUAAAGAUUGGUUGAGAGUAUUUAAAAAGGAACAGUUUCUCAUAAUAAAGUUCGAAGACUACAUUAAGGAUACCGGUGGGGUAAUGGCCAAAGUGUUUGAAUUUCUAGAUGUUGGUAUGUAUUGA